AUGGCGAACUCUAAACUUAUUCUGGUGAUUGGUGGAACAGGCGCGCAGGGGGUGCCCGUCGUCAAAGCGCUUUCAAAUAGCAAUCGAUAUAGUGUCAGAGUUCUAACUCGAAGUGCCGAAUCCACGCGAGCUAGGGAGCUCGCCGCUUUGCCGAAUGUCACUCUUAUGGAAGGAAGUCAGGAUCAGCAAAAAGACCUUCAUCAAGCCUUCACUGGCGUAUAUGGCGCUUGGGUGAACACGGAUGGUUUUACUCUCGGAGAAAAGAGCGAGCUGUUCUAUGGAAUUAGGGCAUACGAGAUCGCGAGGCAUCACGGCGUGAAACAUUUUGUCUGGGCAAACACGGACUAUGCGGUCAAGAAAGCUGGCUGGGACGAGAAGUAUCAUUGGGGCCACAAUGAUGCAAAAGGUCGGGUUGGCGACCUAAUUCUUAGCCAUGGACAAGAGACUAUGAAAACGUCUUUGUUGACUACGGGACCGUACAUGGAUAUGUUGUUUGAUGGGAUGUUCGUUCCAAAGGAACAAGCCGAUGGCUCGUUUGUUUGGGCGAAUCCAGCUCAGAAUGGUAAAAUUCCACUAAUCGCCCUCGCUGAUGUGGGUUUCUACAGUCUGUGGAUGUUUGACAAUCCUUCAGAGUCUGCGGGUUUGGAUUUGGAAGUUGCGACGCAGCAAAUCAGCUUCGCCCAGAUUGUUGAGACAUUUACACAAGUCACGGGAAAGAAAGCCGCACAUGUUUACGUUCCACUCGAAGAUUAUCUCCCUGCUGCUGAGCCAUAUCCCAAUGCUUGGGCUAAUUGGGCUGCGGGACUAGACGUCGUCCGUGACGAAUCAUCGAUGACGUGGAGGCAGAACUUUGCAGCUUGGUGGCAGUACUGGAGCGAAGGUAUUGGAGCAACUAGGGACAUGGAACUUUUGGAUCGAAUUCAUCCUAGACGGAUUCGCAGCCUUAAAGAGUGGAUGGAAAAGGUUGGCUACGAUGGUAAGCGCAGGAGUGUUUUGAAAGCUCUUAGAGAUUUGAAAAGGGAUAAGCCAGAGGGAUCCUCGAACAAGAACUUGCUAUAA